AUGCCUUCUUACCUCAAGCAGGGCCCGUACGCCUGCAUGAACCGCCUGCAGGGCCUGAGCGGGGCCGCCAUGGACCUGUUGCACCCCUCGGUUGGCUUCCCCGGUACUUACGGUACCCCGCAUGCAUGCAACCCGCGCAAGCAGCGUCGUGAGCGGACUACCUUUACGCGCACGCAGCUGGACAUCUUGGAGAGUUUGUUCGCCAAGACGCGCUACCCAGACAUCUUCAUGCGUGAGGAGGUGGCACUCAAGAUCAACCUGCCUGAGUCCCGCGUGCAGGUAUGGUUCAAGAACCGGAGGGCCAAAUGUCGUCACCAGCAGCAGAGCAGCAACAGCUCCAAAGCCAAACCACAGAAGAAGAAGUUGUCUCCCACCCGAGAGAGCAGCGGUUCGGAGAGCAGUGAGCAGUUCACACCGCCCGCUGCCAUCACCGCGUCAAGCUCCUUGUCUACCUCCUCCAUCGCUGUGUCCGUGUCCUCCAUCUGGAGCCCGACGCCCAUCUCGCCCGCCCCGCUGCCGGACCCUCUCGCUCCCACAGUCGGCGCCACUGCGACCUCCUGCAUGCAGCGGGCCGUGUCGUCCGCCGCCCCAGGGGGGACGCCAUCCUACUCAGUUUCUUAUGGCCAGACGGCUGCGGCGGUCUACGGUCAAGGCUUCCCGACCUCGGCAUCCGGUUCCUACUUCGGCAGCGUGGACUGUGGCUCGUACCUAGCGGCGCCCGUACAUGCCCACCACCAUGCCCACCAGCUCAGCCCAAUGGCAGGACACGGCCACCACCACAUGGGACAGACGUCGGGCCACCACCACCAUCAUCACCACCACCCGCUGCCACCACCGCACCCCCACCAGGCGUACGGCACCUCUGGCCUCCCCUUUAACUCAGCCGAGUGUUUGGACUAUAAGGAGCAGGCGGCCACUUCGGCCUGGAAGCUUAACUUCAAUGCCUCUGAAUGUUUGGACUACAAGGAGCAGGCCGCAUGGAGAUUCCAGGUGCUCUGA